UGUUAAAUGUCCCUCUGCAGACAGCACCAGAGCAGUUCCCCUCCGAAGAAUUUCCAGUCUCUGAGUCCAAAGUCAGCAUGGAUGUUAAUUUCCCUGGAGCCGCUUUUGUUGUGGUAUCUUGCAAAGAAAGUCAGUCUGGAUUCCGCAAAGACUCCUCUCUGUACAAGGCGCCGUGGGCGCGUGUACUGGUGUACGGGCUCGGCCACAAAGUCAAGCGAAAUGGGCAGCUAAACCUCAUCGAGGCCGUCUGUUACCCACGGGAUGCAUCUCCAGCCAACACCGGGCUCACACCUCCACCCACCACCAACCAGUACCCUUCCGUGAUCCUGUCCACAGACAAGGUCCACAUCAAGCUGGGUAAGUGCCGUAGCUCAUG